AUGGAGAACCAAACAGCUGUGGCUGAAUUCAUUUUACUGGGAUUUCCCAGCAUCCAAAAAGUAGGAUUUCUGGUGUUUGUGGGUGUCUUGAUGAUCUAUAUCUUGACCAUCACUGGGAACAUUGUCAUUGUUGCCAUUGUGGCUUAUGACCCUACUCUCCAUAAGCCAAUGUGCUUCUUCCUAAGCAACCUCUCAUUCCUAGGAAUCAUGUAUGUGUCGGCUACAAUCCCUAAACUUUUGGCCAAUUUACUCACCAUCAAGAAAUCUAUCAGCCUGACUGGUUGCAAAGCUCAAGCCUUUUCCCACUUUUUCCUGGGGGCCACAGAAUUCUUCCUUCUCACCGCUAUGGCAUAUGACCGUUACAUGGCCAUCUGCCACCCCCUUCAUUAUCAGACUACCAUGAGCAGCAGAGUUUGCAUUCAACUGGCUUGUGGAUCCUGGUUUGGUGGCCUGAUGACUGUCUUGGUGCAGACAAUUCUAGUCUUCCAUCUUCCAUUCUGUGGUCCCAAUACUAUCAAUCACUUCUACUGUGAUGUUGGACCAUUGCUAAAGCUGGCUUGUACUGACACUCAUCCCAUUGAAUGGGUAGUCUUUAUUGUUGCCACUGUUGUGGUGUUCAGCAACUCCCUGUUGACAGUGGUUUCAUACAUCUUCAUAAUCUCCACUGUGAUGAGAAUCCCUUCAGUUUCUGGAAGGCAAAAAGCUUUUUCUACUUGUAUCUCUCACUUAAUAGUUGUUGUUCUGUUGUAUGGGGCAAUCAUUUUUAUAUAUGUCAGACCAACAGGACAUGCAUCAUUAAAUAUGAACAAGGUAGUUUCCCUUUUGAAUACUCUGGUUACACCAUUGCUCAACCCUUUUAUUUAUACUCUCAGAAACAAGGAAGUAAAAAAUUCUCUGAAAAAGGGGUUUACCUGGAAUAAAAUAUUUCAGAAUCACAAAUAA